AUGUUUGAAGGUUUCAAUGAAUCAACCUCAGAGUUUGGAAGUUUCUUAGAGAAGAGUCUGACAAAGUCUGUCAAUAAUGUCGUGCUUAAACUAAGAACUGCUGUUUCAAAAGACAAAAAUAGAUUCGUCAAUGAUGAAUUCAAUCUAGAUCUAUCGUAUAUUACAAAUAGAAUCAUAGCAAUGGGAUAUCCAUCGUCAGAUGUUAUCGAAUCCAAUUUCAGAAACUCAAGAGCAGAUGUCAAAAGAUUCUUGGAUAAAUAUCAUCCCGAUAAAUACUUGAUUCUCAAUCUUACAGAACAUCCAUACGAUCCAGCUUACUUCUCUAACCGAGUUCACCAUCUUGGUUGGCUAGAUCAUCACUCACCAAGUCUAAGUCUUCUUCUGUACUCCGUACAAAUCAUUCAUCAAUGGUUAACUCAAGAUCCACAAAACAUCGUUGCAAUUCAUUGUGCUGCUGGAAGAGGUAGAACUGGUACUUUAAUUUGUGCAUACUUAGUAUCGACUAUUAUGUAUGAAGGAAAGUUGGACGAAGUAUUGCGAUUGUUUGCUCAGCAACGUUCCUCAACUGGCGAGGGUGUAACCGUUCCCAGCCAGGUGAGAUACGUCGACUAUGUCAACCAGUUGUCGACUAUGAAGGUGGAUAUCUCGCUGGCACAGAAACCAAAGGUACUUUCGAUUCGCUCGCUUAUAAUGAAGCCAAUUCCCAGACAAUCCGGUUGGAAGCCAGUCGUCGAUAUCUACAAUGUCAAUCUGCCAUUGCAACCGGUGUUGUUGUUCACCAACAGAGACAGCAACGUGCAAAACAUCAAGUCCUACAAUGGCAGCGAUGCCGCUGCCAUGGUCAACACGCGUGACAUCAUUGUGAGUGGUGACAUUCUCAUCAAGGUGUACGACCUGAACGAGAUCAUCUCGACACUACUCGAUAAGCCAACCUUUAGAUUCGCAUUCCACACCUCGUUUAUCAACAACUUUUGUUUGGACUUGAACAAAGAUCAACUCGACGACUCCAAUGCCAAUCUCAAGAACAACCAAUAUCCCAAUGAUUUUUCGAUUCGUUUAAUGUUUGGUGAAGUAGAGCCACAGCAACCACAAGUACAAUCAUAUCAACAACAACAACCAUAUCAACCACAACAACAACAACAACAACAACAACAACAACAACAACCACAAGCACAACAACAACCUCAAUCAAAUGAAAAGUGCAAAGGUGAUGAUGAUUAUGAUAUCUAA